AUAACUUUGCAGCAAAUCAUGGCACAUUUGGACUCCAUUCGAAAAGAUAUGGUCAUCCUGGAGAAAAGCGAAUUUGCAAACUUGAGAGCAGAGAAUGAGAAAAUGAAAAUUGAAUUAGAUCAAGUUAAACAGCAGCUAAUGAAUGAAACCGGUAAAAUCCGAGCUGACAGCAAGCUAGACAUAAACCUGGAAAGGAGCAGAGUGACGGAUAUGUUUACAGACCAGGAGAGGAAACUGAUGGAAGCAACUACAGAGUUUCAUAAAAAAGAUUCAAGUACCAACAGUGUUAUCUCAGAAAUCAGUAAUAAAAUUGACACUGAAAUAGCUUCCUUAAAAACACUCAUGGAAUCAAAUAAACUUGAUACAAUACGUUAUUUAGCAGCUUCCGUGUUCACUUGCUUAGCAAUCGCGCUGGGAUUUUACAGGUUCUGGAAGUAGAUCUACAUGGAAUGACUGCAUCAAGUACAGACGGAGAAAAGACCACCCAGGCAGCAUCAGCUCAGCGAUCAUGUUUGCGCUGUAGAUAACCUUGGUACCUUCUUUGUUUUGAUGUUCUUACUGUGCACUAAAAAUCUUUUCAGAAUAUGUAACACUAGAUAUGGAAAUAAUUUGGAGGUGAAGUAGGCAAAUAGUAGCAUUUCAUUAUCCCCUACUGAAUACUGUACUUAUUUCAAAAGACUUCUAAUGCUAAAUCACAAAG